CCCAAUCUCCCAAGUUUGGGGAAAUUUUGGGGAAACCUCCAAAGUCAAAUUUCGGGGUUUUGGUACCAUUCCCCCAAAGUUUACUAUAGCGGCUCCCCCAAAAUGUGUCAAAUUUUCCCCGAAAUUGGGAGCUCGGGUGUCAAGAUAGCUUCCAAAGGGAACCAAUUGCUUGUAGUUAUCAUUGGAGCUGUAAGAAGUGUGACCCUUCAGCUGAACAGAAGCUUCAGUUCUGUAAUGUUUGUAGAGGUUUUAAGCCUCCACGAGCCCAUCAUUGUCGAGCUUGCAACCGGUGCAUAAUGAAAAUGGACCACCAUUGUCCCUGGAUAAAUACAUGUUGCGGUCAUCUUAACCAUAAAUACUUUUUGAUCUUUUUGUUGUUUGCUCCAUUCGGAUGCAUCACCUCUUGUAUAUCACUAUCGCUUUCUAUAUAUCAAAGUCCAGCAAUCUUUCCUAGUUUACUUUUGCGAAGAUUUCAAUCAAGCGUUUUGUUCGUCAUAGCUGAUCUAAUGAUAACAUUAUUUGCUUUGGGUUUAGCUGUGGUUGAAAGCUGUUUCGAGGAAUCAACGGGAAUAGAAUCAUGGAUCGUAGCGAAAGCAAACGUUUGGCGAAAGGAUAUAGGGGAAAAAAAACCAUUUCGCUACCCAUAUGACCUUGGAAAGCUCGUAAAUUUUCAGCAGAUUUUUUUGUGGUCUGGUAAAGUCUUAGGAGAUGGAUACUACUGGCCUGUUGUGAAAGGCUGCACUCAGUAUGAUUUGACAUUGGAACAGAUCUAUCAGAAAAGGUUGAAGCAAAAAAUUCAGCGCACAUUCAAAAUUACCCAAAAUUAUGAUGGGAGUCGGUGUAUGUGUUUUCGUUAUGGAUGUCUAACUGCUAUACGUUCCCCAUGUUUUGAAGAACCCAGAAUAUCUGUACGUGUUGGUGAUGCUCUUAUGGUGACAAGAGGAACAAAAUACUGGAUUUAUGGGCAUUUGGUCCCUUCUGAAAGUUGUUCUGCUGAUUUUUCAGGUAAUUUGCUAGCAUUAAUAUACAGUUUUCAAUUCGUAAAUAUGCCUCUUUCUUUAGAAAUGCUGCCAGUUAGUUGCGUAAUAGAUUAGAUAAUAAUAACAUUGACACGUAAUUUUCCCUCAUUUGGUUCAUGGAACAGCACAUAAUCAAUAUAGUGAUUCUCCUUCGUCAUCUAUAAAUAUAGCUCUCGUUAACAUUAUCAUUGGUCGGUGGGCAUCUUUCUUGAUGCUUCUAGGUUGCUCCUAGGUCAAAGAAAAAGUUUAACUAUUAUUGUAAUACUUAUCACUUUUUUAAUUUACAUAGAGAAUUCUGAUCAGAAAUAUUAUUACUGCUUCAAACUUAACUCUGUUUGGUUAACAAUUGAAUGUUUUCUUACUUUCGGUUUCUUUUUACUUCUUUACAGAUUCUGUCAGAAUUCGUGGGUGGGUUCCUCGCGUUUGCGCUUUUGAGGUCGAUUUCAAACACAAAAACGAUAAGUUCUCGCUUAAGAAUGACUAGGCAGUCACAUUCCAUAGUUCAGAGGACGAUCAUUGUUCUAUUUUGUAGAUUACUACAGUGUUCGUACUAAUUGUCGUUACUUUACUCACUUUUGUAAUUUCUUUUCUUGUUCUGUUCUUCCAUCGUACUUUCCUAUUUACUUUCUCUUAUUUAAAAGAUUGAAUGGGAUGAAAUUAUCCGACUAACACGAACUGAACAUCUCAGUCUAAGAUUUGUUUAGAUGUACUGUUUAUUAUCAUUCUCACCACCAAUCUUAUAAAGUGACCCAGAUGUUAGUGGACAUGCAACAAACGUUACUAGAAGGAGAAUGUUGUGGUUAACUCACUCGCUGUCCUAAUGUAACUUGAAUUAGAUUCUGCUAGUCAUUUUUUGAAACAUUAUGCCCAAUUUCCGUGGUAUGUAAAUAACCAAAACUAAAGAUUCAUAUGUUUAGAGACGUACUUGUAUUUUAGUAGUUGGUGUUUGUUGAACACAAUCUUUUCAUAUAGAUUGAUAAUACAGUUACUUCAUUUUAGAUUGAUCAGUCUUCCUCUCUGAAAAUAACUGUUAUUGGGUCCCCUGGACUUCGUUUUUUCCGGCACUCGAGUCUGCAUAUCUAUUGGUCGAUCCGGUUUCUACGUGCUAUGCAGUAGUUUAGCUAAGGCAAUAGUGCAGUUAAAUUACAUUCCAAAUAGUGUUAUUUAGGAGGGGAGGAGUCUUCAUAAAUUGUCUUUGGCUAUGUCAUCAAUCUCAUAUUGUAUCACUAAGGCUGUCUACCAGUGAUUAACAGUCUACUAGCUUCGAGCUCCCAGAUUUUAUUUGUGACUAUCUUGUAUAGAAUUAGCGUCGUUCCAAAGCAUAUGAAUAAUAGCUCUGGAGACUAUAAUCAUCUAAGGAGUAGGAUAUUUUACCUUAGUAAAAAUACACUUGCUGGAUUUAUUCUUCCUUAUCUAUGAUUCUAAGUAUGUGACUUUCAGUAGGUUAAGCCAACCAAAGUUUGUGCAUCUAACCUCUCGUUUCAGGAAAGUGCAGAUUCUUUCCUUAAAAAUAAAAUUAAUUUUUCCCAAAACGUCACUAACAGUGACUUUGUCGUAAGUGAAUACGACUCCCUACACCGAGAGACAAUCAGUCCACGGAGGCUUAUAAUGAUUAGGAUGUGUCAAUUUUCUGAGGUCCUCUCUUAAACACAUAGUUCAUCCAUGAAUAAUGAUACUACGGUCUCAUGGCUUAGUUUAUUGAUUAAUCGCACCAAAUCGACACAACGUUAAGACAUCACAAAGACCCACUUCACUAAGUCUUGAUUCCUGAGUAGAAUUAUAUUAGAUGUGAGACAGUCAGUCACACACUGGGAUGAGAAUACGGUUAGGUAUCUUUCUUCAAAGGUCGAUAAGUUCUGCAGAUGCGAGUAAUGUCUCCAUUUGGGAUUUCAUAUUAAGCUUCAAUGUCAUCUGGCAUGUUGGGGCGCGGCACACUAAUGGGUUCAUGAGAGAUAUAAACCUCUGGACUUGAAAUUGGGACUGGUGGAUAUUGAACUAAAUGAGCGGUUUGUGGGAAGAUUAUAAUGUUUGAGCCAUUAGACUAGUUGGUAGUCUCCAUUGAAGAACGAUAAUAUCCUAUCUUUGGGCUACUCCUGUUCUUAUGUUUAUUGGCGAUAAUCUUUAAAAUGAGACGUAGCACGCCUUCAAGUGUUAAGGCUUCUCAAGUAGAUUUGAACAAAUAAAACAGUUGGAUUCGGAUAUUAUUAUAGUUGUAAGUAUUCAAAUUUAUGCGCUAGCUAAGAAUUUCCGAAGUGGUGCUAUUCAAGACAGGUAGAACUAGGUGGGUGCAGCUUGACGUAAUACGGUUGUGAUUAGUAAUAGGCGGGUAUAUAAAGGGGUCGCAGUUUUACACAUACCAUAGCUUAAGUGGGGACCUGGAUUACUGUUUUCUUACAAAGUACUUUACAUCGUGGGAGAAAGGAAACAGGUUUUUUUAAUCUUUUAUGUGGUUCUGCAAUAUUGAGAUCUAUUUGUUUUUAUACAUACGCUGGCAACAGAUACAAUCCAAUUAUCAAAUCCGAAUAAAGUCUCCAGAAUUCGAGGACCACAACUGUGGUUUUCUGUUAGGCAGGCAUAGCAGAGAAAAGGCAUAAGAAUUAUCUUGAUUAUCCAGAUAGACGAUUAGUGGUAAUUGUCCCAAUCAGACGAAGCGUGUAUAGUUAUUUGUGUUGUCUGUUGACCGAUACAAUAUCACCACAAGAACGGCAACCCAGAAAUCGCGCUUCAUCCAAGUACAAAAGUUUGGUCAGUUAGUACUAAUACGUACAUUUAGCACCAGUAAAUGCAGAAUAAAGAUGAUGAACGAGGUAAUUCUUUCCAGUUGCCAUUCGUUCUCAUAAUAUCUGCCCUCUAUUCAGUUAGAGCUUUUCUUGUGAGGCCUUUUGAUUAUUUCCGCGAAGAAUGUCAUAUCUACAUCCAGUGCCUUUUUCUAAUUUAUCAUUCAGUUCAAAGCCUGUUCGCUCUACCACAGUAGGCUGCUGCUGAGUAUCUUGCACAGACAUUUGUUUAUAAAUACCAGUACUUUUUGAGGAUGGUUUUAGUAGUUCUUCAAGUUUCAGCGUUGUACGUUAGGACUAUUUGGAAGAUUCUGAGUUUGAUGUUGAUCGACUUGUUUUAGUUCCAGAUAUUCUUGCUUGCUACGCCGAUCCUUGCCUUCAAAUCUUCAUCAGUCCUUGUUGUUUAUCAUUACUGAGCAGAGUCAAAUCAAUUCGAACCACUAGAUAAUCGGUAACUAAAAGUACCUUUUUAUUUUU